AUGACUGUUGAUCUCGACCUUGAAAACGGCCUGUACCACGCAGACCAAGCUAACCGUCUGAACAUCCACAUAACCAUGUCCGACGCCUCUGAGAUCCCAACAGCAAAGCUGCUUAGCAGCAAGGACCACAUCGUGCCUGGCCAAUAUGUCGUGACCGAGCUCAUGUUCCAGGUGCCUCUGGACUAUUCCGACCCCUCUGGAGCUUCAAUCACCCUCUUUGCUCGCCGUGCUACCAAACAUGAAGUCCCAAUCUUCCCUCAGGAUGAUCCCGAGGCCAUCCAAACUCAGGCCACCAAGCCCUACAUUGUCUACCUCGAGGGUGGACCUGGUUUUGGGAACCGUGAGCCCCAGGAACAUCCCAUCACUCGGUCGUUCAUCUCCAGGGGAUAUCAGGUUCUGCUCCUCGACCAUCGUGGUGUUGGGCUGAGCACCCCUGUAUCGGCUGAUAUGCUCAAGGCUUUACCCGGCGGGGUAGAGGGACAGUUCGAGUAUCUCAAGCUCAUGCGGCAGGACAAUACCGUCCGUGACUGUGAAGCCGUCCGCAAGUGCCUCACCGAGGGCUGGCCAGAGCACAAGUCGAAGUGGUCCACGUUCGGCCAGUCCUAUGGCGGCUUCGUCAGUCUCAGCUACCUGUCGUUGCACCCCGAAGGUCUGAGGGAGGUUUUCCUGACUGGCGGGCUGGCCCCCGUGGGUAAAACUGCCGACGAGGUGUACAGGGCAACCUUCCCCAGAGUGAUCAAGCGGAACGAGGCCUACUAUAAGAAAUUCCCCGAGGAUGUCGAGAACGUGCGGCAGGUCGCCGCCUACAUCGAGAGCAAAGGCGGCGUGCCCCUCCCCUCUGGUGGAUCACUGACAGUACCACGCUUGCUAUCCAUCGGGAUUUCCUUUGGUGCUCACGGAGGAUUCGACAGUGUUCACUCCAUCAUCCUCCACCUCAAGACCUCGCUGGACCAGUUCGGCUUCCUCACCCGGGCCAGUCUUACACCCCUCGAGUCCGUCACCCCGUUCGACACCAACAUCAUCUACGCCAUCAUCCACGAGGCAAUCUACUGCGACGGGCCCGGAUACGCCUCCAACUGGGCCUCGGAGCGGGUUGGGCGCAACUUUGACGAGUACUCGUGGCUCCAGCCUCUGAGCUCCGCCCUCGGCUCGGACGGCCCCUUGUACUUCUCCGGGGAGAACGUGUUCCCAUUCCACUUUGACACGUACCCCGAGCUCGCGGAGCUGAAGCAGGUCUCGGAGAAGCUUGCCAAGUUCGACCAGUGGCCGGCGUUAUAUGACCAAGAGAAGCUCAAGAAGAACACGGUCCCUGUCUAUGCUGCCUCUUAUAUCGACGACAUGUACGUCGAUUAUGAGUUCGCCAAGGAUACCGCGAACCUGGUCCAAGGGACAAAGGUGUUUGAGACGAAUGUUAUGUAUCAUUCCGCUCUUCGAGCGAAGACUGAAACGGUGCUCCAGAAUCUCUUCCGAUUGAGGGAUGAUGUGAUUGAUUAA